AUGGAAGCCAUCUCGUCCCUCCCCACCCUCCACUGGCACCCCCACCCCCACCACCGCCCCCUCCCCUCCCACACCACCCGCACCUCCGUACCCACACCCCUCGGCGACCUCGAACUCCUCAUCUCCCAACUCGCCCACGCCUCCCCAACCGCUCCCGCCCUCUUCUUCGCCCACGGCGGCUACGGCAGCGCAUGCGUCUGGCUCGACUGGCUCUCUUACCUCCACUCCACCGGCUACGGCGGAACAAUGUACGCUUUUAGCGUCCGGAACCAUGGCGCGAGUUACGGGGUUGAGUAUGCAAGGAUGGUGUAUGGGACGAAUUUGGAGGAUGUGGUUAGUGAUUUGGGCUCGUGCUUGGGUUUUGCGGUGGAGAGGGAGAGGAAGGCGGGACGGGAGGGGGAGGUGGUGGUGGUGGGGCAUUCGAGCGGGGGUGGGUUGGUGCAGUUUGCCUUGCUCAACGGGAUUAUCAAGUGCAGGGCGUUGUGUUUGGUUGAUUCAGUGCCGCAUUUUGGUGCUUUACCUGUUUAUGCCAAUUGGGCCCGCCACGAUCCCUGGUUCCUUCUCCGCAACAUCUUUCAUCUCCAGCAUCCGACUUCACCUCUCAGCUCGGAUCGACUGGUCCAUGGGGCGUUCUUUGGGAGCUCGUUUCCUCGCUCGGCAAUCGCCGAGUUCAGGAAGUGGAUGCCGGGUUACGAGACGAUGGGAUGGCCGAUGGGCAUGAUGGGCAGCUUUUGGGCGUGGUGCUGCGGUAGGCCGGAGUGGCUAGACGUGGAGAAGAUUGUGAGGAACGUUUCUGGGUGCCAGAGCAGUGUUCGCAAGGACAGCAUUUGUGUGAUGGUUGGGAGUCAGGAUGUACUGAUGGAUUUGGGAAUGUGUAAAAAGCAAGUGGCGGAGUACCGGGAGGUUCUGGUAAGAGAGCAAGCGGAAGAGAAAGUCAAAGUGGUGGCUGCUGAUGAAUCAAUCGAGGGCGUCAGGAUGGAGAGCGAUGCUGGUGUUCGACUGGUCAUGGUGGAUGGGGCUGGACAUCACCUGCAGAAUGAUGUUCAGCGAGACAAAGGUGCAGAGGCCCUGUUGAAGUUCGUGCAGCAGUGCUGA